AUGAGUAGCAAUAAUUUGCUGCUUCUUCUUUUUCUUCUUUUUCUUCAACUUCAACAACAACAAGCUGCUUCGCAUUCUACGACUGAGUAUCUUCCCGGUUUGCAGGGCCGUCUCCCCUUUCCUCUAGAGACCGGGUAUGUUGGAAUUGGUAAAGAUGAGGAGGUGCAACUUUUCUACUAUUUCUUGGAAUCAGAAUCCGAGCCUACAACCGAUCCUCUCUUGGUUUGGCUAUCUGGUGGUCCGGGUUGCUCUUCUGUCAUUGCCAUUGUUAAUGAGAUAGGACCACUCCGUUUCGUGGAACAAGUCUACAAUGGGAGUAUGCCCUCGUUUGUACUAAACCCACACGCAUGGACAAAAAUAGCAAAUAUAAUAUUUUUGGAUCAACCAGUAAAUACUGGAUUCUCAUAUGCAACAAAUUCAGCUGCAUAUAAGUACACUGAUGUACAAGCAUGUGAAUAUGUCGAUGAAUUUCUAAGAAAGUGGCUCAGUGAUCAUCCACAAUACAUCUCAAAUCAAUUUUACAUUUCUGGAAACUCAUAUGCUGGCACGAUUAUUCCAGUUAUAGCCCAAUUGAUAUUGAAUGGAAAUGCAGCAGGAAAAGAGCCAUUGGUUAAUCUUGAGGGAUAUUUACUUGGCAAUCCUAUAACAAGUCGUCUUGAAGAUCACAAUUACCAUAUACCUUUUUGCCAUGGCAUGGGACUUGUAUCUGAUGAACUUUAUAAGUCAUUAGAGAAGAAUUGUGGAGGAGAAUAUACAAACAUAGAUCCCAAUAAUACAAAAUGUACAGAUGACUUUCAAAAUUUCGAGCAGAUAGUAAGCAACAUUAAUGUGGAAAACGUAUUAAAGCCCUUUUGCAAAAAUGAUGAUGAUCUUCGAAGCCCAUAUCAAAUGUCUGGUGAAAGAAGACUACUAGAUGAUAAACUCAUCUCCUUGCAACAUGAAGACAAGUGUGCUUCUGAUUGGCGCAAGCAUAUGAGGUAUUGGGCUAAUGACCUUGAAGUCCAAGAAGCUCUUCAUGUUCGAAAGGGAAUUAUAGGAAGUUGGAUAAAAUGUAGAAAAGAUAUAGGUAGAGGCUCUCAUCACAACUACACAUUCACGAUAGAUGAUGUUAUACCAUAUCAUGCAAAUCUAAGCACUAAAGGUUAUCGGUCACUUAUAUACAGUGGUGAUCAUGAUUAUAUGGAACCUUUUCAAUCCACACAAGCAUGGAUAAAAUAUCUAAAUUACUCUAUUGUUGAUGAUUGGCUUCAAUGGAACACAAAUAAUCAAGUUGCUGGUUAUACGAGAUCUUACUCCAACAAAAUGACUUAUGCAACAUUGAAGGGAUUCGGACACACAGCUUGUACCGACAAACCUGAAGAAUGUUUUGCUAUGUUCAAAAGAUGGAUAAAUCACAAUCCUCUAUGA